UUCCAAUAUCCAUCAAAGAAGUUUGGGGAAAUACCAUUAUGUCUUCAUUCAAAAUCCUCCAAACCCUUUUCCUCCUUUCUGCCGCUAUGAUGAUUGCGGAAUCCAAUGCGCAACUUAGUGGCACGUUUUAUGCUAAAACUUGCCCAAAUGUGUCGAGUAUUGUACGUAGUGUACUGCAGAAUGCUCAGCAAAAUGACAUUUGGAUUUUUCCCAAGCUUGUUCGCCUUCACUUUCACGAUUGUUUUGUCCAUGGUUGCGAUGCCUCGCUUCUGCUGAAUGGUACUGAUAGUGAGAAAACUGCAACCCCCAACCUGUCAACCGAUGGAUAUUCUGUUAUCGAUGAUAUCAAAACAGCAUUAGAAAUUUCUUGCCCACGCGUUGUCUCCUGUGCUGAUAUUUUGGCCCUGGCUGCUCAAAUUUCUGUCUCUUUGGCUGGAGGUCCAACGUGGGAAGUCCCACUUGGAAGACGGGACGGUCGGACCGCACACCGAGAAGCGAUUGGAGCCAUCCCAUCUGCCCAUGAGAGCCUUAACAAUAUCACAGCCAAAUUCAAAAACAUGGGACUUGAUUCCACUGAUCUAGUGGCUUUGUCUGGUGUACACACAUUUGGACGUGCUCAAUGCUCUUCUUUUGUGGACCGCCUCUACAAUUUCAAUGGAUCAGGGAAAUCAGACCCAACCCUCAAUGCAACAUACGUGAAAUCACUUACACAAUUAUGUCCUAAGGGUGGUAAUGGCGGGAGCUUGAUCGAUCUUGAUGAGUCAACUUCUCUUAGCUUCGACAACAACUACUUUUUGAACCUUCAAAAUCACCGUGGACUCCUCCAAUCUGAUCAAGAGUUGUUUUCCACUAGUGGGGCUGACACUGUGGCCAUUGUUAACAGGUUUGCUAACAGUCAAAGUCAAUUCUUUGAUAGCUUUGCUAAGUCUAUGAUAAAGAUGGGGAACAUAAGUCCGCUUACUGGAAGCAAUGGAGAGAUCAGGAUUGACUGCAGAAAGAUCAACUAGAUUAUAUUCCUUAUUCUGUGUCUUUUCUUUUUCCAUGCAAGUUUCUGUUUCAGGCUAUUAAUUGUAAAAGGGGCAACGAUAAGUUUGUCCAUAUAAUUAUAUUAGUCCCUGAAUUAAAGUUUAAAUUUUGAAUAUUUUCUUUA